CCGCUAUCCUCAUAUUUAGCAAAGCGAAUACAAGCAACAAGAUAUUCUGCACAUCUCUAUCUCAAGUCAUAAGUCAAACAAAAAUAUAUCAAGAUAUCAAUAUCGCAGCCUCGAACAUACACAUCCAACAAACAGCAUGGCAAUCACCCCUCUGGUCCCCGGCUUAUCUGCCAGUAUCCUCAUCAACGGUGUUCCUGCCCCCGAGCUCACUGAUCCCGAACCCCAAAUCCCCUCACCUACGCACCCGAACCCCAAAGUAUCCGCUUAUCAACAGGCUCAUACGGUCACUUCUUACAUAAAAUGCACGGCCAACACGCGCUUCUCCAUUCUUCUCACCGUCGAGGAACCUAUCCGCACGGAGUUCGCAGGUAUUCGACGAAUGAAAUGGGCUAAGCUAGGGUUUGAGAUCACAAUUGAUGGGAACAAAGUGCCGACAGAGAAAUGCACCCGGCCGUGGUUUAACAAGAAUCCGCAAAAGGAGACUUGGAAGUGCAUUGUUAAGGGCGUGAAAGUUGGAAAGGGAAAGUCAUGUUUCAUCCGGGAAUUCGAAUUCUUGAAGGUCGAGACGAGUGAGUUCUUUCUUCCUGAGAAAAAAGAUGAGAUUGGUAACAGAAGCGUAGAUAGCGAAAGGAUUGAGAAGGCCGAGAUUGAGCGUAUGCGCCAAUGCAUGCAAGACAUCGGAAUAAUCGAAAUCAAAGCUUAUGCAGAGAACUAUGGCAAGAAGGGUGGCGAUAUGGAGGAUACGACCGAGGAUUUCCUUGACGAGGACCAAGAGGAGAUCCACGAGAAAGCAUUGAAAGGUGAGGCGAAAGAUCACGGCACUGGAUUGAGGCGGGCGAGGAAAGUUGCUAGAGGCGAGUUCUGGCGAACCGAGAAGAUAGAUGGAGAGGACUACCCGCUUGCUAUCUUUAAAUUCAUCUACCGUAGCGAAGAGGCACUUAAGCAAAUGCUCAUCAUCCCACGGACCCCUUCACCAUCUCCAAGCCCAGAAUCCGACGAAGAGGGCGAGGAGCAGGAGGAUGAGGAGGUGGACGAACUCACUCCAGCUCAGAAGCGCGUAAUCCAAAGCUUACGCAAGGAGAUGCUGAAGGGAAACCGUACACGCAACGUUGCAAGCAGCAGUCGAAGUACACCAGGAAGAGGAACACUAGGAGGGAACAGGGUUUCGAAAGUCAAGAAGGAGCAAACGAGUGACAAGCUCAAUCCUCCGAGGAAGUCACAACAAUCGACUCGGAGACGCAAAGAGAGAGGUGGUAAGGCAGUGGUUAUUGAUCUGGUGACGGACAGUGAGAAUGAGGAUGACGAGUCACUAUUCGCGCAACAAUAG